AUGCAUUUCAAGUCCGCCGUCGCCAUCCUGGCGGCAGUCACUCACCUGGCUGUAGCUGCUCCAGGUUCUACCAAAGAAGUGGAGGGCAGUUUGAUGCGUCUAAUCAAGACCUCCGAGGAAGAUCCAGGCCAAUGGAUGACCCAGGCAGAGGUGGACAAUCUGACUAAGCAGUCGAGACGCACCAAGUUCAUCGACAUUACUGACAUUCAGGAUGACGAUGUUCUCUCGAUUCUCUCCACGCCACCCUCGGAGCGCUCUAUCGAGGCCCGCGCGGUCACCUAUCCUACAACUAUGACGCAUGUUACCGAGGCCAAUUCUUUGAUCUCGGGAGUGUCCAACACCGGACCGCAAAGUUGGCUCACAUCCCUAACCAACUACCAAAACCGGUAUUAUCGGUCUACUUAUGGCACUCAGGCUGGGACUUGGCUUUUAAACCUAGUUAAGAGCAUUGCAUCUGCCAAUUCCGCCAUCCAGGUCCGAACCUUUGCUCAUUCUUUUAACCAACCAUCUAUUAUUGCGCGUAUUCCCGGCAGCAGCUCAAACCUCGUCAUCGUUGGUGCUCACUACGACUCGACGGCCGGCUCAGCUACUGCCCGCGCACCUGGCGCCGAUGACAAUGGUUCGGGUACAAUCAACUGCCUCGAAGCUCUUCGCAUUCUCGCCAACGCUGGUUUCAAGCCCAAGAAUACACUCGAAUUCCACUUUUAUGGUGGUGAGGAGGGUGGCUUGCUCGGUUCCCAAGGCGUCUUCAAUAGCUACCGCUCCUCGGGAGAGACUGUCCUUGCAUUCCUCAACCAGGACAUGACGGGCUACUCACCUGGAGGCAAAGCCACGGUCUACACGGAUUACGUUGACUCCAGCCUGACCUCAUAUGUCAUCCUUGUAGCCCGACAGUACUCUGGACUGGCCGUCUCCACUUCAACUUGUGGUUACGGUUGCUCUGAUCAUGCCAGUGCUCGAGCCGCUGGUUUCCCGGCUUCUUACCUCUCUUCAGAGCCGAUUGAAACAGAAAACCAAAACAUUCAUAGUUCCCGGGAUACAUACGCGAGUAUUCAGUGGCCGUCGAUCCUGCGUCACUCCAAGAUCACGGUUGGAUUUCUGGUUGAGGCAUCAUAUCUGUAA